GCACCGGGUUGUCGGAGCAGAUCGCGAUGGACCCGUUGAAUGAACCCACUCUGUUGUAUGAAGUAUUCCGUAGAGGCUCCGGCAUUUUACAUCCUCGCGACGCCGUUAUGGAGACCAAUGGUCACUAAUUAAUUGCAUUGCUGCCUUCCUAUGGGCUGCAACUCCUCCUGCAUCUCCGACUAUGAACGGUUCCCCUCAAUUGCUGCAAGCUGCGCGCUUCGCAGGGUCCAAUCAGAAAGCAAUCCCAGUCUUGCCGUGUCUCUGUUGAUCCCGCAAUUCCAGCUUCUCCUGUUUCAGAGUAAAUCCAGACCCUCCCGGACAUUGGCGGGGCGCUUGACCCAGACGACGGGCCUGACAGACACCAUUCCUUGUGAAUUGAUUGACUGGUUCUGUACUUUCAACCCGCCGAGCUUGUCUGGAGAGAAAAGUGACAAAGAGAAAAAAAAUAAGGGUAAAAAAAAAGGGAAAAAGCAACCAAAACCGGAGGGAAUUUUCUCUGAGAGAGUCAAGAGAGAGACGCCUAAAUCCACCAGGGAAAAAGAAAAGAGACUCCAAAACGCACCGCCGGGCCAGCCCAGCGCCUACUUUUUUGCUACUAUUUACUGACUUAACUCAGUCACUACCCCACCUGGUGCCAUCCAUCCAUCGGAACAACUCUCUCCCUACCUCAUCGAUUCUCCCCAUUCGGCCUCCAUAAC